AUGCGGUUACUUUCGAUCUUCUCCUUUCUGCUAUUACUCGGCACCGUCUCUUCACUAAAUCUACUUUUAUUCCUCAUCGGGACGAACCAGUUUGAGCGCGGAACCUUCGAAUAUUUGGCCCAACAAUUGGCCUUGAGACACCAUAAUGUAAUUACCGUCAAGCCGAUAUUAAUCCCCGAAGAGCCACGAUUGGUGAAGCCGAAGCUUCAUUUGGUGCGGGAGAAGACGAUGAAGAACUUGUUGACCAAGAAACUCUACGAACCUCUUGAAAAAAUUGGUGACACCGUCCCGUGGAGCCAAAACUAUGAGCUCGAAAGGAUGGAGGAGCCCUAUUGGGUUGCGCAUAAUGCUUCUUGUGUAAAGAUGCUAAAUUCGAACCUUAUGGACCAACUCAAGAAAGACGAGCUCGAUGUCGUGAUCGCCUACGCUGGAAACCCGUGUCAACUGGCUUUGGCUCACGUUCUGGGCAAGCCAGUGAUUUAUUUUGAUCAGGAAGGACUCACCGAUGAAACGCUUGUUGCUGCCGGGGCCUCGCCAAGUCUGGACUACCCAUCUUCGCACUGCUCGUUUAGACCGACACCUUUCCUCGCCGUAAACCGGAUCUUCAAUGGUAUCUGUAUCCUGAAAGAGUACCUGGCCCAGUCGCGGAUCCCGUUUUUGGCGUCGAUUGUCUCAAGGAGAUAUAAGCACCUUGACCAUGAGAUCACGAAGAUGUUUGCUGAUGAUUAUGAGAUCAAGAAGAGGUUCAAGCCAUUCCCGGAUGUCAAUGAAUUAAAGGGCAAAUCAUCUCUAUUCUUUGCCAACACCGAUCGAUUAUUGGAGUACGAGCGACCACUUCCACCCCAUGUAAUUUCAGUCGGUGGAAUGCAUAUCGACCAUCCGAAGCCGUUGUUUGCGGUAAGCCCCGUU